AUGGCCUCCAAUCUUUACGAGAUUCUCAGUGUCAACAAAACUGCGACGCCAGAAGAGAUCCGGAAGGCGUACAAGAAGAAAGCCCUCGCAACCCAUCCAGACCGUCUCCCACAAGGCGUAUCCGAGGAAGAAAAGCAGAAAGCCAACGAACAGUUCCGGCUCGUCAACAAUGCCUAUGAAGUCUUGACGAAUGCGGAGCACCGCAAGCGCUACGACCAACACGGUGUCUGGCCACCACCGACCGUCGCAGACGACAGACCCACUGCAGGCCCAUCGCACACGCGCGAGCCAUUCAGCGGCUUCGCCCGCGAUCCCUUCUCCGGGCACGGCCAUCCCAUGCAUGGCUUCGCCUUCAGUGACCCCUUCGAACUCUUUAAUACUCUCUUCGGCGACGUCCAUCGCGCGUUCGCUAAUGAUCCCUUUCUCAACGACUUCUCGAUGCCGCGCUCGCCGUUCGAGCCUAUGUUUAGUCCACCGCCGCUCUGUCCGCAUCACGAUGGCUUCUUUGGUGGCCCAUUGUUGAUGUUCGGCGGCCCUGGGUUUUGUCCCGGACAUCCACUGACCGAGGUGGUGGGAGGCGGCAUGGGCAACGUCGGCUCCAAUGGGCAGUGGGUCUCGCAAAGCAAGAUGACGCGUAUGAUGAACGGACGCACUGAAACUAUCACCAAGCGACGGGACGCACUAGGCAACGAGCACGUCACGCACUCGUCGCCAGAGGGCGAGCGAUAUACCAUCAAUGGCAUCGAGCAACCUCCGCAGAGCGACAGGCACCUACCGCCGUCGCAGCAGCCACCAUCCGUAUCUCCUCCGUCGCCACCGCCGCCUGCCGUCAACUACAGCACUUACCCGAAUACUUCGACACACAGCUACACAUCGUCACAGCAUAUACCCGUUAACUAUGCUAACCAUCAGCCGCAAGCACCAAGCUAUUCGAUGCCCACACGCGAGCCUUCCAGGCAGUACACGCACGCACCUCCAGUGUCCAGACACUCGUCGUACUCGAGCCAUCAUCAUGCCUCUCGUGUACGCGACGGAGGUGACGAUAGUAUGCGACGCAGCUCAAGCGGCCGGCAUCACUCCGAGCGCGAACGUGCGGAGCCUGCUUAUGCAGACCCCAUAAAUUACUAUGACCGUGACGCUCCCAGACGGAGCACGAGCAGCCAGCACUCACAUCAUGACAAGUACGGCACGAACGCCGGCGGCUAUCCCAGCGGUUACGCGAGCAGCGCUGGCAAUGGGUACACGAACGCCUACAUUGAGCCGGCGCGCAGCUCGCACUCGCACCACUCGUCUCGACACCGCGACAGCCGGGACGAACAUCACAAGCACAGACGGUCACACGGAUGGUGAGCAACCGUUGAGCGCUCUGGGUAAGCUCUUCCGUUGGCCACACCGCCAUCACCACGAGGAACCUGAGAGAGCAUAGGGUCGCCCUCCAGCUGUGCCUGGACACCAUUGUGUUUUUCGGCGCAAGUAUGUUUGUAUUCUUCCUUCCGCCUUAUACUCUUCUCUGUGGAAUGCGUCGGACUCGGAUUCAUGUGUAGUAUGCCCCUGUAGAUUAUCUUCGCAUGCAAUAUAAUUCCC